UUAGACUGUCGUUUAUAAUUUAGUAGUGCAGUGGAUGUUUAUUCCGUUUAUUUCAACUUUGAUGGAAUAGAUUUAUAAUUUCCCAACUCUCAAAGAAAUUGGAAUAGAAUAUGAACGAAAAUAUUAAAGAUACACUUAAUAAACUAGUAAAAAGAAUAACCGACAAAAAAGGAAAAAUUAACCCAUAUGUCAAGAAACAAAUCGAAGUCGCCUUGGAAGUCCUUUCAAAAAGAAACAAUGGAAAUGAAGAAAUUUCAAAUUUAUUACAUGAGGCGAAACAAAAACUAGUAAAUUUACCAACAGAAAAGACUGAAGAUGUCUCCAUAAUGAUAGCUAAAAAAAAAGUUGGUAAAUUAAAAAAAGAUUUGCUGCAACUAGAAGGCAAGAUUAAAGGAACUUCAGAUUCAACAGAGCGUUCGGAAUUGAUGUUGAAAGCUGUAUCGUACGCAGAAUGCAUGGAAAAAUUUGGAAAGCCUAAGAAAAAAGAUAUUAAAUUUAGGGCGAUCCUGUUUCUAAGAUUAUUUUUAAUUGAUGAUGAUCGAAUAAGGAAGAAGUUGAUUGAUUCUCGUGGUAAUACGGAUGCGGCAGACGACACUUCUAACAGAAAAAUUGUCAAAUUUGAGGAUAAAGUUACAAAUGGCAAUCCAGAGCAAGAUUUGAAUGACACCAGUACUGAAACUAAAGAACAUUAUGAACACAAAACUAACUUAUCUUCUUCUGCACCAGAAAGUACUCUCAGAAAUGCCAGUGAUAAAUUAUCUUUUUUGGGAGGUCGUCUUAAUGAAGCUGACAAUAAUACUUUACAAAAAGUGGACAUAGACGUGGGAAAUGUAGAAAACAAAAUGUAUGAAAUCGUUGAAGCAAAUGAAGACUUUGCUAAAAAGAAAAUCAGUUUGAACGACCUAUUGGAACACACAAAAGAAAUUAAAAAGGACACUGCCGUUAAAGAAGUUAAAUUGAAAUUGACGAAAAUUAUAAAAUUACUGCAGGGAUAUUAUCUAGUGGAGGGUUCGAAAUAUUUGCGACAUAAGUUAGAAGUGCUCCAAGAUUACAAAUCGUAUGCCCAAAAUUUUGGGUUCUCAAAAAAUAAUAAAAUGUAUGGUAUUAAAAGGAAAGAAAUAAAGUUCCUAUUAAAAACUCUCGACUGUUCAGCUGACGACAACAGUUUGUUUAAAACAAGAAUAAAUAUUAUUAAUGUUUACAUCCGAGAAGCUUUGAAGUGUUUAGAGAAGAAAUCUGAUCAAAAUGAAACAACUAUUUACGUUAUAAACACACUCUCUACAAUGAAGCAAAACAUUACAGAUAAUGAUGAACACACAAUAGCAAAGCUACAAGCGUUGAGUGACUACAGGAAACAAAUUCAAGAAGUUGAAGAUUUUAGUUUUCGUGUGGUUGAGUUGAAACGAACUAUUUUAGAGCAGCUGCAUCAGUAUGAAAUAGAAAUUUAUAACAAACUUUUUCCAGAUAUAGUGUCUACAAUAGAAGGGAAUCUACGUAACUACGAACUGUUGACACGACAACUUAGCAGUUUACGCCCGAAAGAAAAACACCUCACAAAUGAAGAAAUAACUAAUGGGAAAAGUUCCAUGAUGGAAAUGAUAAAACAAAAUGAAGACUUACAACUGCUCUUUAGCAGUUUUUUCGACCAAAUGGAACAACUAAAAAUAGAGAGAGACAAACUCGAUGAACUAAUAGAAGAAAUAGAUAAUAUCCGUUUUGAACUCGAAGAAAUAUCAAAAUCAAACAUUUCUAGUAGAGAAAAAGACGAAAAAUUGAGUACAGUGGAGACAAGAGUGAAUUUAUUAUUCAGGAAUACUACACGAGAGGACUUGAUGCAAGAAAUUUUAGAUCUGGAACUAUUAAUAAAAAUAGAAAAAACAAAAGUCCAUGUCGACAACACCGUCGUUCUUUCGGUUAAUGAACUCUCUGAAAGAAUUAAAAAUAGUCACCACUUUAUGGAAACUGUACAAGACAUUCUUAUAUUAAAAGAACAAAUAGAAGAUUUCCCCGAAGGUAAUGCCGACUUAGACUCUCAGAAGGCGUCAGUUUCGCAAAAAUUACAUUCUCUGUUAGGUAAAAUGGAUCAACGUUUAGCAGAUUUUGCGUUUAAGAAACGAAAGACAGAAAACGUUGUAAAUUUAAAUAAUUAUUUUACGAAACUUGAAUUCGAUGGUAUUUCAGACAAGGAGAGCGUCGAAUUUGUUCGGAAAAUUCAUUCUUUUGCAAAAACAUUCGAAACUGUAAUUCAAGGUUUUCUGGGUAGUAGAAAUUCCGUAGAUUAUUACAUAAUUGACGAAAAUUUGUCGCGUUGUUUGGAUAAAUUAGAUGAGUUAAUAUGUGAAGAUGAUGUUCUUUUGAAUGAAACGGUUGAAGCAAUGAGUUACAUCAAAGGAUUGAAGUCGAAAUUACGCGGCAACAGCUUUUCUUCUGAUUAAAGUUAUUAAAAUUAAAAAUAUUGUUUAUUAGUUUAAGUUUAUAUUGUAUAUCUAUACAACAUUUUGCUGCUAUAAUAUAGGGUAUGUUUUUGAAAUAAAUAUGUUUUGAUAUU